AUGCUAAUAAAAUUCUCGUGGUUUGUUCUUCUAAUCAUUUUGGUUAUUUGUCGAGCGACUACGUUAUAUAAUCUUUAUCAUGAUGAUGAUGAUAAUGAUUAUCAUGAGACAAAUAUUGAAAAAAAAUCAUUUACUUCUCAACAAUUAGCUAAACUUGAUGAAUAUUUUUCAUCUAAAUAUAACGAUGAACCAUUAUCUGAAGUUUUAAAUCCUAUGAUACACUAUUCAAAUGAAAAUGAUAUAACUAAACGUGAUGCUUUAUGGACAACAACAGAAGUUCUCGAAUGUAUUCGACGCUUGAGAUAUUCGAAGAACUCAUCAAAACUUGAUCUUGUUACUGAAAUGCUCAAUUGCUAUCGACGUUUGAGACGUCCCGGUUAA